CUCUCUGUCUCGCCGCAGGUACGCUUCAAGGACCGCAUCACGAUCCUGCGUGGCAACCACGAGUCGAGACAGAUCACGCAGGUGUACGGCUUCUACGACGAGUGCCUACGCAAGUACGGCAACGCUAACGUGUGGAAGUACUUCACCGACCUAUUCGACUAUAUACCGCUCACCGCACUAGUGGAUGGACAGAUAUUCUGCUUGCACGGAGGUCUGUCGCCGUCUAUAGACACACUAGACCACAUUAGGGCAUUGGACAGACUUCAGGAGGUUCCACACGAGGUACAGCUUCUCUCUAUUUCACACACGGGCGCGGAGAACUUGUGGGUAGUAUUCGUGUGCGCAGUGUUCGUGUGGUCGGGACCCUCUGUGGAUGCGUCGCGCCGCGAGUCGUGUCGUACGCUACCAACGCUCGCGGCCAGCGUUUGA